AUGGAGCCGUCAGAACAGAAUGGCAGCGAACAAGUUCGCGAUGAAACGCCUCCGGUCGCGUCCCUGCCGCCAGCUGCGGGCGCCAGCCACGACGAACGGCCCUCCCAGCUGCAAGAGCCCAAACAAGGGCGAACCGCCUCCCACCUUCGCUCUUCACCCUCUGCUCUUUUGCGGCUUCCCGGUGACACCACAAGCGUAGACAAUCGAACACUGGGUCGCGAAGGAAGAGUUGCCGACGCCGACGUGCCGCUCUUUGAUGAGAAGAGCCAGCGCUUCUCCAGACACGCGAACGCACGCCUGUCCCUCGGCAAGAAUGCGAUAACACCGGCAACUCAACUCCCCGCUGAAUGGAUGCAGGCGUCUGUCUCUCGAAGCGCUCUUGACCGUAGGCAGCAGGGAACGGCUACUCCACCUGAAAGUGUACACAGCAGGGAGGAUCCCGAGGCGACAUACAGAGUUAUCGCACCGGGAUCGUCUCUGCAGGACAGCCUAGGACGAAGAGAACACAGGCACCGCAGUCGGGUAAGCAGACGCAGGCCUCUGCAUCUCCACGCUCUGGUUGUGCUGGCAACGCUCCUCAUGUCCGCCGCCGUGGUUUUUCGGACCGUCCGGAGGUGUUUUCCGCCGCGGAGCUCGCCACCCGCCGUGAAGGGCACAGGGGAGUUCCUGACCAGCUCGACAAAUGCGUUUCUCGGAUCCGGGACCGGAGGGGGACCAGCAGUUGCGCAGGGAAGUCGCUACCGACGCCUCGCUUCUCGAGAUACCAGUUCUGCAGCCGGCUCCGGCGAACAGCCAGGUGCUCACGGAGAGGUCACAAACGCCGGCGACUUUGAUCCUGCCUGCGUCGUGGAGAGUCUCUUGGACACUGGCAAGGAGAGCGGGGAGACAUCGGGGGACCGAGGGAGCGCAGGGGCCGACCAGCCCGUCACUUCCGAGCAAGUCGGCGUGGCUUUACAGAAACUGGGCAAUGCUUUGAAAAUCCUGGAAGUGGCAAGUGACAUGAUAAAGGAUUUCGACGAGUCUCUGCCCUGUGGUUUUCCACGCCGGGAUGCUGGCGCAUGGGUCGACCGCGCCCGUUCCUCUUUGCUAGAACAGUCGACCGCCCUCCAGGCCUUUCAGGCAGGCCUCAGUCGAGAAGAUCUCAAGCGGGCCGCUGGGGCGCGGGGAUCCUCCAGCGACAGUGGAGAGCAGGAGCCGCCGCCGGCGCCCCCCUCUGACCUUUUCUACGGGGAAACAGCGCACGGAUCGGAUGGGAGCGAGGGAGACACAGACGGUACUCCUGCUUCGCUUGGACCCGGACCAGCAGCCGAGUCGGCAGCCGGUCCGGUGGGCGCGUCCCAUACCCAGCCCCAACAAGAAGCUGGCCGGGGAGGCGUCGAGCAGGCCGCCCCCCCACAGACCAAGCCUAUACGUGCUCCGCCCGGACUGUCGAAGCUUCCGUACUCGACGCAUCGUGCCGGUCAACCGGAGAUAACGCUUCCAGCGCCGCCUCCGCAUCUUCCUGUACCGAUUGGCAGCGAGGUUUUCUCCCAGGGAUUGAGCGGCUGGGCUAUGGUGGAUCCGAGCACUCCGCCGAGUCCCAUAUCACCCCCCCAUCCAGGAUUUCGGAUGCCGUCUGGGGCUUCUAUUCCGCAGGCGCUUCAGCUGCCGUCGGGAUUUCCUGUGCCGCAGGGGACUCCACCGGGUGUUUCGUAUUUGUCGGAAUCUUUUUCAUCUCAUUCCAGCGGGGAUCGGGCAUUUCCCCCAAGUGGACAAAGCGAUCCUCUACAGGCGAGCGGUGCGCCCAUGGCCACCCACAGCGCGGCUUCUGGUUCUUCGCUGUCGGUCGAACCGACACCACGUCCUGAAGGAACAACUUGGUUUGAUCUUCUCUUCCGAAGUCAGGCUGGCUGGCUCAGCGCAGUUGGUUCGUCGCAUGCAGCGUCUUCAGAUGGCGACGCGUCACACGGCACCGGAAGUCGCAGCCGUCAACAGGACGAUUCGAGGUCUGUCAGAGAACCGUCCACCACAGCCAUCGAAACCCUAUUCUUCGGCAAAGCUUCAGGAUCGUCAGGACACCGUCCUUCCCGCUCCUACGCUGAUGCCGCAAAAACUGUGGUGGCUGAGGACGGUACAGUUGGUCCUUCGUUCCCCAAGCCUAGAGGAACAAAGGGUGAGGCACACCCUCUCUCACCGCCAGGCCUACAGACAGGGGAGUCCAAAGCUGGUGGGACCGGUGAACGACGUUCGCCAAAAGGCGGGGCGUCACGUCCAGAGAGGAAACCGCUGUCCUCGGGUCAGGAAGGCGCGCGUGGCGAGCCGUCCCGUGGGGACACCGAGGGUAGGGAACCGGCGCCGCAGAAGGAAGAAGACGCGGAGAGGAAGGGUUUUUUCGACACGAAGUCGCGGGCCGGUGCUGGCGUACAGUCUGCCGGGGAGCCAGGAACGGAUGGGACGCCUGCAGCUAGCUUCGUGAGUCGAGACGCCGGCGACAGUGCGGCGUCUAAGGGGUCGGUAUCGUCGAAAAAGGGAAAAGGGGAAGGGAAGAGAAAGCAACAGCCAAAGCAGGUCGGCGCACCGACUGGCCGCAGGAGCUCGGGCGGCCUCAGCGCCACGGUGGACGUUGCUGUGGGCGAACGCACUGCCAAGGCGGCAGAGAGAUCCGCAGGUCUUGCCGGCCAACCUGAAGAGACGCAAAAAGAUCGAGAGACAAAAGAGUCAUCGAAGCGCAAGAAAGGCAAAAAGGCGGCCUCGCCUCCCUCGGAUCAAGGGGGCUCUGGAUCCGGUGGCGACGGGUCAGCGCAUGCAGGAGGGCCUAGCGCGGGUGGAGGAGACCCGCCAGAGAAACGAGGAGACGGGAAAGACGGCCCAGGUGAGGGGGGUGCGGGACGGGGCGACGGGGAAGAAGAGGAGGAAGAGGAGAAAAGGGAGGAAGAAGAGGAAGAAGAAGAAGAAGAAGAGGAAGAGGAGACAGAGAAAGAAGGCGGGGCAGAAAAGAAGGACGAUGGCAGCGACAGCGGCGGAGGUGGUUCACCAAGAAUUGGCGACCCCGCAGAAGAAGCAGACGAAGCAGAAGAAGCAGACGAAGCUCCUUCAACCGACCAGCAAGGUGGCGGGCAAGCGCGGGAGGGUCAGAGUCCCGCGCCCUCAGCGGAAGACGCGGUCGGCUCGCCAGGGGAGGAUGCGUCUUCGGCCGGCCCUCGUCGGGACCUAGGAGCUAGACCAAAGGAGGGCGUGUCGCGGAGCCGCAAACACGGGAAGAAACGAAAAGACAAAGGCAGGGAGCGUCCAGAAACAGCCACUGUGCGCUGGAACCUACAGGACUUCCUUGAUGACCCAUCGCGGAUGCGCGAUGUUGUAAGACAAAAAUCUGAACUCCAGAUGGCCAGUGUGAACAUAGAGAGCGCCGCCGACGUCCUCCCGUUGUGGCAGCACAGAUGUGAGGCUGCAAAGAAUUUUUUGUGCAAGCGUGACAUCUUCGGAGUGGUAGAGUCUGCUCUACCCGACCUUGAAUCUGACUUGGAUGCAGAACUUGAUGCGUUGGUAGAAAUCUAUGACGUCCUCCGUUCCGCCUCGCUUUUGGCUAGAAGUCACGGCAUAGUCUCCAGCUCUAUGCUGACGUCGGCACGGGUCGUCGAAGACGGGCCAGAGCUGCCAGUACCCCACUGGGGGCGCGAGCCGAUAGACCCGCGGGCUCCCACCGAGAUUCGGCUUCUUCAACAAGUCUGCCAGCUGUCCGACGAGAUUCUGACGAGAGAAGAGCUUCUGGAAAAAGCAUACUACGCGAUUCUGGAAGUGUACAGUCAAGUUAAGUACAUGUUUGACUGUGGCCGGAAAAUGCCCGCUGCUCGGAAGAAAGUCGUGGAGUUGAUUGAAGUGCCCGCGCCCCCAGAAGCCCUACUAUAUUUCAAGAAAGAGCUUCUCGGGGAAACACCAGACGAAGGAGAAUCUACAAGCACAGACGGUGCCAAGGCCGUGACAUCGGAGGGCGAGGGCGAAUCGCACCAGGACGAGUUGACGCGUCUCCAGAUGCGUACAGAGGUUUUAGCGUAUCACGAUGUGAUGAGAAGCACCGCUGUCGAGAUCAGAUCGCAGGUACACACAUACUUCAAUGUUUUUACACGGGUAAGGACAACGGUUAGCGUUCAAAACCGGGACGCCGACGUGGCGCAGCAAAUGAUUGCAUCCGCAGGAGCCUUCGUGAUGGCUUGCUCGCAGAUGCUUCAGCUCAUCAAGCAUGAUUGUGGGUUUGGGGAGCACCAACCCUCAGACCCAGAUUUUGCAGCAACGUACGACGUUUUACAAGGAGCUGUUGAACAGGUGGCUGCACUCGCAAAGAGGUUGAGAGAACAUUAUGGCAGAACUCUUGCGACGCUCCUGGUUCUUGAUGCUUUAGAACAAGACAAGAAAGACGCUGAAGCCCAAGUCGCAGCAGCGAAAGAAAAAGCGGCAUCAAAGAAGGGGCGCAGGUCUAGGAAAUAA